UAUUUCAGACCACUUGUGUGUAAUCCAAGAGAACGUCCGAAUAUGUCGAAAUCCGUCAAAGAGGCUCGGUUCGGACAUCGAGGGGCUGUGUACGCCAUCGAUUUUGCAAUUCCUGGAGACUCUGGACCUGAACGGAUUGUAACUGGUGGCGAAGACGCGAAAAUCAUUGUAUGGCCAUCAGAAAAAGAUUCGGCGCAACGAUCUCUUAAAAUCGAGGGCCACACGGCCCCUGUUACAGCCUUGAAGUGUCACAAGGAUCUCGUAAUCUCCGCCUCGAAAGACAAGACCAUUCGUGUCACUAACAUCUCGUCGUUACUUGCUCGUACUCCGCGCACCAGUUUCUGUAAGCCACAUUCAGGUGCAGUGACGAGUCUUGAUAUCAGUCGAGGCGUUCUUGCUUCUGGAGCCCACGAUAAGACCGUCAAAUUGUUCGAUGUGAGAACCCUAUCCUUCAAAGGCUCAAUUGUUGCGCAUAACGGCAUCGUUAAUGAUGUUGCGCUGUCGGACGACGCAGCGUUGAUCGCUUCCGUUGGCACUGAUCGUCACAUUUUCAUUCAUGACAUACGCUCAAUGAACCAAGUCGCUGAUUUUCUCGCUCCUCGCAAUACUUACCCUACAUGUGUGACGUUUGCCCCAGAAAGUGACGCGAUUGUUGUUGGAUUCACCGAUGGAAAAAUACGAUUGUACGACACUUCCAGUCCUCAAGUGCUUCAGACUUACGUUGCUCUUCACACUGAACGAGUCACUGCCAUUAAAUUUUCUCCGGAACGUUCAACAAUCUUCGUGAGCGCUUCCCGUGAUUGUCGUAUAGCCGUUGUUGACCCGAUGGAGGGACUGCAGAAACAGGUCUUCGAGAUUCAAGAUCAAAUCAAUUGCUUGGCAUUUUCUCGAAAGCACAGUGGGAAAAUCGCGUUUGGAUGCGCCAGUGGCAAUAUUGAAGCCUGGUCUGUAAAUCUGGAAAAGGUUGACGAGCUUCCACCGUCGUCCACUUUCAGGAAACCUAUGGGUGAAGAUUUGCUUGACGAUACAAUUAAUCAAGUUGAAGUUCCGUCAAACGUUCUGACGCGAAAGCUCCGAAAAAGCUGCAUUCCAUCGGUUGACCGAGGAGAUAAAAUGAAUAUUUAUGGUGCUUCCUCGCGAUUGCUGAAACCGCUGGCUUCUCCGGCUGUGUUCAGCGUGCGGUUUGCGCGGAAACCUCGUUGGGUUCCGGUUGCUAAAUCCAAAAUGUUCCGCGUUAAUCCGCGACACGUUAUGUCUGAGUUGGAAGAAAAGGAAAUGUGGCGGCUGCAGGACAACUAUAAACUUUCUUUGAAAUCCAUUCAAGCUUUCUUUGCUGAGGAAAACAAGCGUUUGGCGGAUACCGGAAGCGUUGGUCUCCGUCUCCACCAAGAGGAAGAGGAAGAAUUUGAGAGAGCUCUGGCGUGGAAUGACAUGGAGAAUGCGAGAAUAGGGAAUAUUCGUCGAGAGCGACUCACUAAAGAAAUAUCCGAUCUCGAAACCCAAGUUUUAUUACGGAUCGAAGAGCACCUUGCCGAAGUUGUGAGCAUGCGUAGGGAAUCCAAUGCCGUUGUCGCUGCUCAAAUGGAAGCAUCAAAGCAGUACAUCACGGAAGACAUGGUGGACAAAGCAGUUGAGGAGGCAUUUUCGAAUCCAGUCGACUACAAUUUCGCUGUCGACGCAGGUGGUGGCAUGUAUCGGGGUCGAACAACGAACUCACUGGCUUUGACGAAAGAAAAUGUCGAGGUCUGGGAUCCGGAAGACCAUUCACCUUCCGUACCCUGUGAAGACGUGUUCCGGGAAGCACGCAGGAAACGCGAUAAACUGUUGGACGAAUCUCAACAGGCAGUGGGAUGAAAGUAGUGUGUUCUGUGGUUGGAAAUAAGUUGGCUUGUUAUUCUCGUUGCUGUUGUUGUUCUGAGUUGUGUCGAUUCUCGAGGUAUUUCUUUGGCAUCCGUGUCUCAGAUUUAUGGUUCCACCAGUGGCAGUGGAGGGUGGCUUAUGAAAGUUACUGUGCAGUGAGAAGUGCACCGUAAAAUAUAAAUCAUUCAAUGAAUUCUCUCACUUCGUCCACUACAAUGACCGAUUAUUGUACUGUGGGUAGAUGUCGCUGGGCGUCACAAUUGCGUUUGAGUUUUGCAUCGAGACGAGUCUUUCGAAUUUCCAUUAUACUGAACUUUAUUAUGAGGGCUGCCUGCCUUUUUGAGAUCGAAACGGCGUACAGUAUUUUUUGUGCUUUUCUUCAAGAUUAUGUAUUCAUAUUUCCCCUGCAGAAAUACCACUACUGUAAUUCUGGUUUUUUUCUAUGCGUGUUCUAACCAAAGGUAGAGCAGAUUUUAGUUGAAAAAUUUUGCUGAUUCGUUGCGUGAGUCAUUUCUAUGAUGUUUCCCGUUAAGGAAGCACAGCUGAAAACGUUCUGAAUAUAAAACCCAACAAUAUCAACUUUUGACAGCAAAACAAAAUUCUGGAACAAUUCUUCAACCUCGAUAUACAGGUGGACUCUCUCUGAAACUAAAUUCAAUUUGGAAUGGAAAAAAUCCGUUAUAGAGAGGAUUUUGUUGGAGAGAACCCCCAAGAACAUGGGGAGAAAACCCUACCGAAAAAUUUUUUAUCCAGAGAAAAUCCUUAUAGACAAGAAUGCUGCNGCAGAGAGAGAGAGAGUCCACCUGGGUGUUGUACAACAAACCCCGUACAAUUAAUCCAGUUGCCGAUUCACAUAGCAUACCCAGUCCCAAAAGUAGAAUAAUUGGCAAGUGAGAAAAUUCAUCUCAUUUAUUGAAAAUUUCUCACUUCAUAGUAAAAAAAAACAAUGAACACAAGGUGCUGGCAGGAAUACGGUUGCACUAAAAUCUCGGCCACAUUUCGAGAUUAACAGUAGUGUAUUCCAUUCACUUGAAAGAUAAUUAGAUAGCGCAUGAAGCCCAAAAAGUAACCAUGUUGUUGAAUUUAUCUUUCUUGGAUUUCAGAAGUUGUACGCAAAAGUGCAGUGAUCCCGAAAGCGAAAAACACGAAUAAACCAUUUUUAGGUUCACUGUUCAAUGAUAAUUGUCCGUUAUUUUAUGUCAUUUGAAGGGUUUUAUUUUCGUUGAAAGCAUUUCGCUAGUAAACAUAUAGUAAAAAUUGAUGCGGGAUUGAAACGAGUAAAUUAGUUAUCCAAAAAAUCGUAAAACGCGUCCUGUUCAGCGAACGUCUCAUACAAAGAACCGUUUCUUGGAAUGAAUUGGGUUCUUUCUGUGUAUGAUGCCCAACUGUAGGUAUAUUCGUCAUCGGUGUGAAUCAGAGAAUCACGUGGUUGCCAAAUGAGUAUUUCUUUUCGGCAGUGUUGCGUUCUGUUUCCAUCGCGACGCCAAAUUAACAUUGCUGCUUGAAGAGAUGCAAAAAAAAAAAUAAUAAAUAGCA